UGUGGGUCCGAGCUGAGCUGAUGGCAAUAUUAGUUCUGCAAGAGCAUCAUGCAAAAUCCUCCUGCGUCUUUUGGGGCAGUACUUCCCCUAGUUGGUUUACAGUUAUUUUCUAGGCUUUUCACGUUUGCCUUGAAUCAAGUAGCAGUCAGCAUCGCAUCACCAGAAGUGUUCGGCACUGCAAGUAUCCAGUUCGACCUGCUACUUUCAUCCAUUCUCUUUCUGUCUCGAGAAGGAGUCAGAAAUGCAUUGCUCCGCUCGGACAGUGUUGAAAACAAUCCCCGGAAAUCAUCUGAGGUUCCGGCGCAGGCCCAACGCCAAUUAAUAACCAACAUUUCAUUGCUCCCCGUUUUCCUCGGCUGUCCAUUGGCUAUUAUAGUUGGGUCGGUUUAUGCAUCAUUCGCCUCAAAUUCCACCACUUCACAGCCUCACUUUAAACUCGCUAUGCACCUAUAUGUCUUGGCUGCAGUGUUCGAGCUUAUUUCAGAACCGCUGUACAUUCGUGCUCAGAACAACCUUGAAGUGGGCGUGAGAGUGAGAGCGGAGGGGGUGGCCGUGGUUGCGAAGGCUGUAUUUAGCUUGUUGCCUUUUGUCCUCUUUGGUAAACUGAGGGACUCGGGUUUCGCAUGGGAAUGGUCUCUUGUGUGUUUCGCACUGGGACAAGUAGCAUUUGGCCUAUCGUUUCUUGUAGUCCACCUCCUGCACUUUCGUGGAAUCCAUGGUAUCACGUUCAAGAGCGUUCCGAUUAAAAAUGGCAACAGGAGAAGCCCUUGGUUUAAUGACGAGCUCCUACGCUUGUCAAUGAUCAUGACUGCUCAGUCUAUUUUCAAACAUUUCCUGACCGAGGGAGAUCGCCUCAUUGUUUCGAAGUUCAGUGCUCUACAAGACCAAGGCGGCUUUGCCCUGGCCACUAACUAUGGGUCUUUGAUCGCCCGUGUCAUUUUCCAGCCUGUUGAAGAGACGAGUCGAGUUUACUUCUCGAAGGUAUUGAAUCAAGAUCAUCAGACAAGCGACGUGCUGCCUUCGGGACGCCCAAGGGCCGAGAAAUCUCCGCCCGCAAACAAGAAGAAAGCUAUCGUGGAGUCGAUGAGGACUCUUGGCACUGUUUUGAGUGUCUACGCACAUCUCACGCUUCUCUUUCUCGCAUUUGGGCCCCCUUGCAUUCCGACCCUCCUAUCAAUUGUCCUCCCUAGGCAAUAUCUCCUCACAUCCGCUCCAAGAGUCCUGAUUGCCUACUGUUGGUAUCUUCCGGUCAUGGCCUUCAACGGCGUUCUUGAGGCAUUCUUUUCAGCUACCGCUAGCUCUAACGAUCUUGUGACGCAGAGUCGGGCAUUGAUGGCAUCUUCAUUACUUUUCAUCGUCUCCUCUUUUUGGUUGAGUGAAGGUCUGGGGCUGAAAGAAACAGGGUUGGUCUAUGCGAAUGUUCUGAACCUUGGAGCAAGGGCUUGGUAUGCCUGGGGAUUCACCAAGAGCUAUUACAAGAAACAUGGGGAAAAGCAUCACCGGAUCGCACAGAGCGGCGAAUCUAGAAGAGUCGUGCCCAAAACUGGAGUCCUCAUUUGCAGCAUUGCGAUGGGUGUAAUAGUUAGGAUCAGCUACAGGACUCUAGGAAGUCCAUUCGGUCUGUUGGCGCAUAAAAUAAUUCACAUGGCGAUAGCGGUGUCCGCCGUGCUUUUUUGGUUUGUUGUAUGUUGGUUCAAUGAAGAGACACUGGUGAGCGAUAUAAGGUGGACAAUUUUUCGGAAUAAAUAGAGCUCGUACGCCCUUUGUUGUUUGCUAUAAUUUACCAUACCAGGAGCAUGUAAUACUGGACUUGGUGAUUUGUGGUGGCGGGAAUCGAAAGCGGAG